UCACAAUUUACAGAAGAACGAGAACAUGUUUUGAUGAGAAAGCACUCAUGAAAUGUUUCUUAUUUAUUGUGGUAUGGAGAAACAAUUCCGACAGUAAAUUAACAUACGUUUUUUGGCACAAACUCAGACGAAAACAUGUUGUCAAGCAGUCGGUUGAACUCAAAACAAAAGCGUUUAUUCUGGAUCAGUUUCAAUACGAAUCACCAUUCGAAGCCUUUUUGUUUGUUUGUCGUUUAUUUAAGGCUUUGUUUUCAUUAUUACUUUUCUUUAACCGUUGCGGUGUAUUCGGCACUGUAAUUAAAUGUAAUUCACUUUGACGUAUUACUGGCAAGAGAAUAUUGGCAUGACUGAUUAGCUCACGUCCCAGGCCAGGACCCUGCCACACUGUAGGACCCUGUAGAGCGGUAGAUUUUUUCCAACUCUUUAGUUUGAAUCAGUGCAGAGCUCAAGGUUCUCUUUUCAUCUGUUUUUUGAAGGAAAACCCCAUUCGUUUUUUAACUGAGAAUAUAAUGAUAAGUCUAACCAAACUAACGUGAAGUAAUUACCACAGAACUAGUCUUGCGGUUUUCAGUUGUGAAGCACGAUACAUAACCAGCAAAGCGGUGCUACCAAACUCAAUGUUAAGGAAGCGUGUAUCAUCAUUUAAGGAUCUCAUGGAUAUACGACGGCAAACGGCAAGGAUGGCGCCUAUUAGAAAAUGUGUUUAGCUUUUCUAUGAGAUUUCGUAGUUUUCUAGAUCUCUUCUGUGUGUCUGCAUAUCUGUAUGAAAACGUGACCCUGCUGAAUACAAAAAAAUUAGUACAAGUGGUUCACGUUCCCCAGAAACUUGCAAAUUGGACAUUUCUUGUUUUUUGAUUUCCAAAGGACGGCUACAAAAUGUUCAAAGGUGCAUAAUGCACGUGCAAAUCUAUUGUAUCUUUCUCGCUGCCGUUGCCGUCGUCUUUGGCGUAAGGUUCCUAUUAUUAAUUAUGCACUGCGCUCAUGGGCUUAGUAAAGGUAUCUCAAGUUUGCUUCGCAGUUUCUAUGGCAAUGUUAGAAAACCUGUGAAUCAUGCUUUUACCUCUGCAUCAUUUUGAGUUAUAUGAUAUACUUUGAGAGUUUGCAAUUGGAGAACGGAUGCGACUCAAACAUUAGAAUUUUACGCUUCUUUAUGCUCUCCAAACCUACCGCGUUUAUCUAAUCCGAUAAUGCUCACUAAAACAUGGAUUAUUUGUUAAGUCGAUGUUAAUUCAUUGCGAUAAUAAUUACGAUUAUUCUUAGGCAAAAUAGAAGGAUUUACGAGGAUCUCCUAUCCUUUGCUUAAUUAAUGCCAGACGAAAUUUAUCCAUUUGUUAUUUAGUCAAGAAACAAUAGACAACGGAAGCUGAAGAAAACACUUCAUGUAGUAUGUAAGCUUGCAUUUCCGUUUAUUACAAUUUUUCUGCCGCACAAUAUUUUUAAUUACAGCCCUCUCCGAUUGCAUGCUUACGUCAACAAGCUCAGUUUAUCUACGGGGCCACGAAAUUGCAGCACUGUUGUGACCCCGCAUGUGCUAGCUUCUCAUGUUGUUGGGCCAAAAAAAUAGCGGCCAUGCACUUGAACUAUGCGUUGUCGCACGAACCGUCCUUUUGUGAGUCGAGGAGGAAUGGGAAGGAGAAACUUACCAUCACUGUGGUCCUGCUAAGCGUGAGAACAAGAUUAUUGAUUGGCGAUAUUCUUAACAUCUGAUCACCAGUGAUUAAUUUAAGGCAAAUUUAAUACUCCUCUAACCUUGUCUCAUUUUCCCAAGAAUUUCAAGAAUUUGCCUCCCAUUUGAGGAAAUUAUCUGCCUAAUACAUUAUGGUUUUUUCCUUUUCAAAAUUUAUUUACAUUUUUUGCUGCCAGUCUCAAUUUUCCAUGUGAUCAAAGCAAAUAUCAUUUAAGCUAUAUGCGACCCCUUCCUUUACAACGGAAAACCUAAAAGCUUCAAGAUCAAUAAAAUUAGUGAUGUUUUUUCAAGCAAUUGUUUUCUCUAAUUACAAAAAGGCAGAAUUAUUUUUGGGAGUUGGUGCCUGUAGCAAGCGGUUCGCAUAAAAAGUUUUGAAUUACCUAUCAUGCAGAUUGCAAUCAACUCAGCCACGUUUUGACAAUCGUUUAGGGCCAUUUCACAGAUGAAACUGCAGCAAUCUUUUGUACCCCAUCAGAGCAUAAUCGGGAUUUAUUACAACACGUUGAGUCAAUAUCAGCGCGCAGACGAAACACAGAUUUUAAAUUCUGCCCUAACAGAUAGCGGUUUUGAACACGUUUAACGAUUGGAGCUUAUCGCCGUUGUACUGUUAAGGUACGUAUAGUGCUUAAUACGUUCGAACAAAAGAAUCUUUCGGUGGACUUAGAGUACUUUAGACAUGUAUUUUAGCAUCGUCAAAUGAAUAAUAAAACCUUUUCUCGGGACGGCUUAAAACACUAAGCCAGUGAAAGAAAGCUGACAUUUUCGAACGAUGCGAAUUGAAAUGUGAUAAAUUUUUUAUGAGAAGUAACUCUGCGGCCGUUCAGUAAGCAAGCAAUCGGUCCAGAUGUUAUCGCCCUGAGUAACCAUCGCUAAAUAGCACGCGAAACUGCAGACUGUGAAGCACUUACACGUUGAUUGCCUUUUACAUAUGAACAGGUAAGAAAACGAAGGACACGUUUCGCUAGAUAGAAGUUAUCGGCUCAUUUUGCGAACCAAGUAUGUCCAAAUUGAAUAGCACUAUCAAAUGUCGAGGGCACACGGACGAAUCUGAAUCUAACUCCAUCCACAUGAUCGUGGGUGUUGAAACUUGGUUCAGUCGUGCGACUUGAAGGCUCUAAAUAGAGUGUCAGAAAUUUUGAUGAAGUGACUUAAUACCGAAUCGGUUAGUAGUAAUGCAACCAAAGCGAACGGUGUGCGCGGUUAAACGGAGUAUAAUUACAAGGAGUCGUGUGUAGCCCACGCACACUAGGGAAAAAAAGGCUAAAAAAGUACGAUGUAAAUAUUGAAUUUUCAACCGAAGAAUAAAACGGUUUUUCGCUUGCUAAAGCUUUCCUUAUUCUUUGCCGCAGAGGUAAGCAACAGUUUCGUAUCACGUCUAUUAACUUAGUUAUUCUCGCACAUCUUUAGGCUAUUAAAUCAUCAAUCAUAUUUAUGAAAAGAAAGUCAAAAAUAAAAAUUUUGGUCUGGUUUUUUUUUUAAUAAGGUCUAACAGUUUUACUGAUCCUUCAACAUUAUUCACGAUUGUUUGCUUUGUCUUAGUUAUUACUUCGCUGGAUUUUCCCGAUGCAUUAUUGACGCAUCAUUAGUGCACCACUAAGUAAGUUUUUGCUUUCCCGUUAUCAUGUCGAGUUUAAAAAAAUUGAGCAGCCUGAAAUAUAUAACAUUAUUGCCCGACUUGUCCGGCUGAGAUAGGGCUGCAAGUGUUGAAAAAAUUAUACAUUUACGUAUAUUAUGUAUUUUUUAUUUUAUUAUUAUUUUUUUAACUUCCUGCAUGCAAGUCCGUGCCGGUUUCCGAGAUACUUAAAACCGGUCGGACCUUCGAUAGUCCCCCAAACACUGAAAGACGUUUUUUUUCUUUUGAAUGCAGCUCCGCUGCAAAUGAAGCAGAUUUUUUUAAUUAACAGUAGACUUAUAAAACUAAUCUGGAAACCCAUUACGAUCUCUUAUUAUUCACUUGAACUCGUGUGGAUUUGAGUAGUUUCAAUUUCAGCGUUUUCACCAUUUCCCAAUCUGCCAUAUACAGUAUAUACAUUGGCACCGGCCAUUAGUGAAAAAUAAACUUAAAAACUAAAAGCUUUGCACAUAAUGUUGGUGUAAAAAAACAAAACAGUUCUCUUUUUUAGUUCCAAGUAAAAACACAAAUUAGUUGUGGCGUCUGGGCUCAAAAGCAGCUGUUUACACGCAAACUGAAAAACUGAGUUAUCAUUCAAAUUCUUAUUAUAGUAAGACAAGCCAUUAUUAAAAGCAUUUUCACUGAUGACUUUUUUUCGUGUAGUCUCAACAUAACACUAAUUUCGCCAAAAGAGGACGAAGAAAUGUAAUCAGCAAAACAGGACAAAGAUUUUGCGUUCGGGUCGAGUUUUUUGAAGAUACGCAAAGAUGGUUUGAAUUUCGGCAUAAAUCAUUUGAAAAGACAGUAUUAGCCCCAAAUGAAACCUGGGUUCAAGGGGCAAUAGUCGAGUGUCGGACGCGUGGGUCUGUGUUUAUUAACACCCAUGGCCAAAUGAAAUUCCUGUUAUUUGGUUUAAUUGUAGUAACCACCGCAGUAUUGGUAAAGAAUUGGUUCAUAAUUGAUGAGAGAAACUGUGGUAAGCCAUGCCACAAUUCUAAGUGAAUAUGGGUGAAAUUUGUUUCCUUUCUUCACGCCGUUUUUAUUUGCGGUAAUACUUGUCUUACCUCAGAGCUGACAAGGCGGCAGCUGAGUCUGGUAGUAAACUGAAAAGCGGCAACCGAAAAUAACAAUUGCUACAAGACAGUAGACCAACAAGAUGUGUAUCCUAUCUUUUCAGAAUACAAUAAAAACAGCUAGCGACGAACCUAUUUCAACCUUUCCCCCCCCCUUGAAGCAAAACUUCAAGUUGUGUCUGAAUGUUACCAUUCAAACAGAUAAACAGCACUUCCAUGCAUUAGUGUUUGUCUCCCCGAUAUUUGCGAAAGUAUCAUUUUCAGUUUUAAGCCAGGGUGCUUUUGGGGGUGAACUGGUUAAUAAAGGACGCUAAUUAUUGAAACUGAAUAUUACAAAUAAAUUUAAACAACGAAUAACCGGCUUUUGAAAAACUUUCAUUGCUUCCUAUAGUCGAUUCACAUGAUGAUUUUCGAUGUUAACAUAUUUUUCACUAGAAAAUUCUGUAAGAUCUCAGCUGAAGCCGCGGAUUUGAGCGAAAAUGAGUUGCGAGUAAUUGUUUCUCUUAAAUAUGUAAAUAAAAACAUCAUCGUGAAUUCACGUAAGCAUCCAACAUUUCUCCACAAGCGACAUUUUGUAGUAAUAAAUAUGAAUGCUUCCUCUUUUACUAUUCCUUUGCGGUUGUUUGUCACAGCCUUGUAAAGUUGACUGUAAUUGUGGUAAAAAGAAAACACAACCAUGAAAUAUUAAAAAUAACUUCCUUGUUCACUAGCUUCACUGUAAGAGUUUGAUCGCAAUUUAUUCUACUUUUACUUUCUGGCUGACUUGAUAAAAAAUACUCAGAAUUUCUUAAACCUCAUGAAGUUUUAGGGAAAGAAAAUGAUUCAAACAGAGAAUACAAUCGAUGCUUGAACUCCAUAAUAAUGUUUUUUUUCACUAAGCUAUUAUUAGUCAUUCUUGUGACCAUACAUGUUUGGGGCAGCUGAUCCUUUAUAGCCAGCCCAGCAGGGUUUUAACACGUUGUAAUGUAAUUUUGGUGAUAGACUGUUUGAAAACGAAAGGCCCCGUAUCAUUGGCCAGUGUUCGCAAACGCACGUUGCGUGCUGCGUUAUUGUGUGUGAAGUCGCGUGAAAAAAUACCGCUGGCUUAGUUACCGGCAAUAAUUUUUUUUUCUGUUAAUGUUCAUGUGUUUAAUACCUUCCUCUGAGACGGGUAUUAAAAUUUUAACCAAUUCCCAAUGGAUUUCUCCGCAGAACAAACACCGACAGCGACAGAAAACAUACAAUUAAGAAACAUCACGUUUACCACUGGCAUGGACGGCAGUCAUCGCCGAACGAACUGUGUCAGUGUACAGCCAGGAAAUUCGUCCACGAACUCCGAUGAAAAGUGCAAGAAUCGUAAGAAGAGUGUUACACGCAAAAUAUCUGCCAGGCUCGACGCGUUUGAUCAGACGAUACUAUCUUUCAGAGAAUGCGACGCUGCUAAGAAAUUUUUCAAGCGGAAAAUAAAGAUGUUGUCUACUUGUGCCUGUGCCAUGGGACUUCUCUCGGUUGUUCUAGCCCUCGUGGAUAUAGAACUCACGAUCCGAGGAACAGACACCAACGAAAAUCUGUCACCAAACGAUUUGCCUGCGAUUUUUGAUAAUCCGUUUAGACUUGCAGCUGUGGUAGUGAAGUCCACGCUGUCGGUUUUAUCGCUAUUGACCUCCAUGACAAUUUAUCGGAUAAACGUGAACGAACUCCACUACUUGGUUGUGAGGAAUAUUUAUCACGAAUCAGAAAAUUUCGUCAUGACUUCACUGUUCCCGAGCUGUUUGCUCGAAGUGGCCGUCUGCCUGUUUCAUGUUCCUCCCCUGUUAGACUACUAUGGCAUGCCUUAUGAACUUCAGCUUUUGGUGUUUUUAAGAUUGUAUCUGAUCGCCAAGUACACGAAAGAACACAACAUGUUUGUGGACAAUCAAGCCACGGCAUUGUUCGCUUCGGUGACUCAAACAGAGAUCUCGUCCAUCUUCCUGGUGAAGGCCUAUUUUUUGAAGUUUCCUUUCAGACUGAUAUUUACAUUUUACUCACUAAACAUUUUCUUGGGAGGAUAUUUUGUCUACGUUAUUGACAGAGCACACAACACGUAUUUGGACACCGUGUGGAUGCUCGUUGUUACCAUGACAACGCUUGGGUUUGGUGACGUUGUUCCAAAGGCAAUAUUGGCUCGCGCUUUUGUGGGGUUUGCAUCGGUGUUGGGAAUAUUCCUGAUGGCACUGUUCAUUAGCGUCGUUCACGAAGCACUUCAACUCAAACAGCAAGAAAAAAGGAUUCUAGCAACAAUGGAAAACGCAGAGCACUUAUCAGAGAAAAAGAAUUUGGCUGCUACCUGCAUCCAAAGCACUUGGAGAUUACGUCACUUUGUAAUGGAGAACGCAGAUGCGCUCAUCUUAGAUGACUGGUUCAAAUCUCAGAAACUUAGACUGCUCCAACACAAGAUGUCAGAAAACAUUCGACGAUGGAGGGUUGUCCGAAGAAGCUGGUCACGAGAUGAUUACUGGAAGAAGUUCUUCUUGAAUGAUGACAUUGCCAUGUUGCUGACUGAUGUUUCGAGGAGCGUGAGUAACGUGGAAUAUCUGCUGCAGAAACAAAUGGGUGGACGACGAAUUAGCCGAAGCUCACUAAAAAGCCUAGGCUCACCGCCGACAAUUUUCGAAGAACAACCACCGAAAUCAUCUCUGGAACCUCCUCAUAUAGAUAAAAACAGAAAAGGCCAGGCAGUGCUUGUUGACUCAUGGCGGCCAUCAAAGACUGGACAAAAACAGAGACCCUCAUCUCUUAACUCAACCAACUCGGAAGAUGGCCAGCCACUCCAACAUCUCUCGUUAACAUACAAUCAAGUGGACAAGCUAUCCACUGGACACAGUAAUCACUCGCCACACUGCAAAUUACUCGACUUUGAUGAGAACAGUCGCACCACCUCUUCGUCCUACCGGUCUAGGUUAGAGAGUGAUCCUAUUGAUCGAGGUGUCAUGCCCGCGGACGCCCUGCAUGUAAAGGUGGAAUCAUUGGAGAAUUCUUUGGAUCAAAUUUACCGCAAAAUGAAAAGUGACCUCAGAGACGUUCGCGACUCGAUAAAGGUGUUGAGCAGACAUUCUGCCGAGUCGUCUUCGACAACAAGUCCUUUACCGUCCAUGGGUUCAAAAAAUAACAUGUACCACUUUCGCUAUCCACAAACUAAGGCUGAGCACAUUGACGUGUGACGAAAUACCAGGAGACAAGUCUUCAGCGACCAGUACAUUUUAUGGAUAAUCCUUUUUUCAGAGGCUUGGUAUCUCAAGCUCUUAAUUUAACCUCAAAGUUUAUGGGAGAAUGUUCACGUUGCUUGAAACUCUCAAGAUUGGUUCGCGUAGAAAACCAGGUUAUUUGACUAUCUUUUGUACGCCAGAUAUCAAUAUUUUUAUCAGAUCCAAAGUUUCCGCUUCCAGAAGCUGCCGCCAGUAAUAUCCUUCGGGAACUGCUGAAAAAGUUCCUCGCAGCAAAUACUGGGUUAAAUACUCCUGUGU